AUGGCAACCCCAUCCAUGCCUGCUUGUGGAGAUCGAACAGCUCCAACCUUUGACCCCCAUCAACCCCGUGAAUUGAGACGAUACUUCGCCGAUCUGGACUUCCACUUCGUUCGAUCUGUGGUAGAAGACGAGCAGGAAAGGAAGAAACACGCUUGCCAAUUCCCGGACGUCGACACUUGUGAGCUUUGGGAAUCGCUCACCACUUUCACCGACACCACAAAGACAUUCAAGGAGUUCUGUGAAGAAGUCUACAGGCUGUACUCUGGAUUAGAGGAAGAGCGCAAAUGGUCGGUAUCAGAUAUGGACAAGCUAGUUGGCAAAAUGAGCAGGGUCGGCAUCUUGUCUCUUAGCAAACUUGGCAACUAUCAUCGGCGAUUCCUGGCAAUCACGGUAUUCCUCCUCAGCAAGGCACAAAUUUUGGUCGCCAAACAAGGAUGCACCUUCGCCAGAGGAUUCCAACCGGAGCUAUGGGCAAGAAUCUCUCAACGUCUACAACUCAAGUUCCCCGAUCAUUUCCCAGAUGACCCAUACAACCUCCAGGACAUCCACAAUGCGGCCCGAUUCGUCUUGCAUGGCACCACGUCUGCCUACAGUACUACCGCUAUCGACAUCUCUCAAGCAGCCCCUGCCGCACCACCCACCAAUGCAAUUAAGGCCAAAGACCUGGUGACCAUGUUUGAACAACUCACCAACACCUUUGUCAAAGCCAUUGCAGCUCAGGGGACGUCUAGGCCAGCCGAUCGACCAUCCUGA